AUGGGUUACAGAAUAGAUACUACGACGUGGCCCGAGGGGUUGACUAUCCCCGUGGAAGUGAAAAGCCUUAUUGAACGCUUUUUCGAGACUGUUGACACCAAUCGCGAUGAUGCUGGUGAUAUUUUGGCAGAUCAACUAUUCGCUGAAGAUGGCGUGGCUUACUUUGGUGCCCAUCCCUUUCGAGGGCUAGACGUCUGGAAUCCAUGCAUGGAUACGAUAGAAACACGGAAGCACAAGAUUCUGAGAGUGUAUACUCGGGCGCCCGAUUGUAACGACCUCCUGUUUGUUGCACAUGUGACUAUGGGUCUCAAAAACGGUAAGAAUGUCGAUGGAGAGUUCGUUGGGCGUUUUACCAUCUCCAAUCGUGAGCCUCAGGGUCCGAAGCUUUCACUCUAUCAAGUUUGGGGCGAUUACAUCCGCGCUCCGGACGGCUCUCCAAGGAAAGUAGGAUUUGAGAUCUAA